AUGGACGCAACAGCAGCGGCCAACUUGCUUUUUGUCAGCGUCCCGCACUUGGGCCACAUCAGCCCCGCGAUCGCCGUCGCGCGCGCCUGCAACGAGCGCCGCUGCGCCGCCGCCGGCAACGCGCCCCAUGGCCCCGCAGCCGGCGCAGCCGGUGCCGUCCGCUUCGCGGCGCUGUCCGAGAGCCGGGCAAAGGUGGAAGCCGCCGGCCUCGAGUUUGUCGAUCUGGGGCCGCUGUCCGCAGAGGACGAGGCGCAAAAGCAGCAGAUCCACGCCCAGGGGGCGCGCAGCAAGGGCAAGGCCCGAGUGAAGCUGGGGUGCCAGCUGUUCACCCUGAUGGAGCGCGCCAUGUUCCCGCCGCUGGUGGAGGCGCUGGGCAGCGGCGGCGCCGCGGCCGGCACAGACGCGAUUGUGGCAGACUUUGCGACCCUGGCCGCCCACGAUGCUGCGGAGCACCUGGGGCUGCCGCUGGUGCUUCUUCACCAGGGGCCCCUGGGGAUGAUCUUGUCUGGGGCAGGGUACAACAGCGCCAACAUGUACAGCCACGUACCGCUGGAGAUCCCGGGACCUUUCCUGCAGGCUGGGCCCCUGACGCCAGCGCAGCGCGCCGUCAACCCGCUGCUCAAGAGGCUUGCCCACUCGCAGUCCUGUGGCAUCAUGGACCCGUACCGCGCCGCCACUCGAGCUCGCCUGGGGCUGCCGAGGGUGCGGCUGGCAAAAUUUGGCUGCUCGCCCAGCGUGGAGCGCGUGCUGCACCUUGUAUCUGGCUCCAUGGACCUGGAGGUGGAGCGCCCGCUGCCGCCCAGCUGGCACAUGACAGGUCAGCACAACGUCGACUUCAGCGAGGGCAGCUUCCCAGUGCCCCUGGUGAAGGCGGGUGACGACACCAACCGCGACUUGGAAGCGUUCCUGCAGGCCGCUGCAGAUGCGGGCCGCCCUGUGGUUUACAUUGCCACCGGCACCGUGGCCAAGCCGAGCCAGGCGCAGAUCGACGCCAUUGUGGGGACCGUGCAGGCGGUGGAGGGCGCGAGCUUUGUGUGGAGCCUGGCCAAGGACUGCCACGCCCUGCUGCCUUCAGGGGACGUGGCGGAGUGGUCCGGCGGCCGCGCAAAGGUGCUGUCGUGGGCGCCGCAGCAGGCGCUGCUGGGCCACGCGUCUGUGCAGCUGUUUGUGACCCACGGUGGCCUCAACUCGACCUACGAGGGCGUCACCGCGGGGCUGCCGCUGGUGGUGCUGCCCUACUUUGCAGACCAGCCCAUCAACGCGAUGCACGUCGUCAACAAGGGGCUCGGCACCAUGCUCGACCCCUGGACCCUCACCGCGGCCGGGCUCUCCCGGGCGGUGCGGCAGCUGCUUGCUGACAAAGACACUCACGCUCGCACCGCAGAGAUGGGCCGCCGGCUGCGUGCGCGGACGCCCGGCGCGCGGCGCGCGGCCGAGCUGAUUGAGGAGUUUUCGGUCCACGCUGCCUGCAAGCGCCCGUGA